AUGGCCGUGGCACCAAGGAAUGUUGAACGUCGGUUGAGUGAGAGCUCCACUGACAGCCUCAAAUGUCUGAAUUACGAACUCCGGGAACAUUUGUGUCAAUUGCGCACCCAACUGGAGCAGCAGAGAGGCAGCAUCAAGCAAGCUCACUGGCAGAGAGUCCUCAACAUACGGCUAGUCCGACAGCAGGAGCAGAAGAAAGCUGUGUCCACGAUCGCUAAUCUUCGGGCCAAGCUACAGAGGGAGAAGAUUCAGGAACUGGACCACCAAGGUGAAAUCCUUCAACAGAAGCAUGAGCAGGAUCUUGCCAAACUACGACGAGUGCAUCGUGCAGACGUCGUGAAGCUUCGGCUGGAGGUGGAGUCCAAGGAGUCAUUACUGCGGAGGUUUAUUACAGAGAACAGACGAGAAUCUAUGAAGAUGAGAGGAUCAGAAUCUGGAGUGACCAACUUGAUACAUAGGCUGAGUGAGUUACGGUGUAAGAAGAAAGAGUUGGAGGAGUCGCUGACCAGUGCAGGGGAGUCUGAACGACAUUUCGCAUAUGAAUUGAGGAGGAAGGUGGAACAGUUUCAGGCAGAACUGUGGAAAGUGAGGAACAGUUCAAGUUCUGAAGUCAGAAAGCUGGUAAGCAUCAGUUGGUCAUGA